AUGUUGCUAAAAGAGAGAAAAUUUGAAAAAAUCACCCUUUUUGUGACGGAUUAUUUGAGACCGUUGCGAUGGUUCAACGAGAAUUCGUUGAGGACUCGAGUUGUUCAUUUGGAUUUCUUGGAAAGUACACUGGAUCUCAUAGAAGACUACUUUCCAGUUGGCCUUCGAUGCUCUACACUCGAGAGAGAGUUUUUUAAAGAGAAAAUCGGAAAAGAGAUAGAUUUAACGACUUUUGAGCUGUUCUCGGCACAAUUCAACGAAACUUUUACGUGUUACGUUGCUCAAUCGCAACGCGGCUCGACAGCGAAGACUGAAUUUCCUGAUGCUGGAGGCUCCGAGUUGAUGUUUUUUGGGCAAAGAUCAAACCAUUCGAACUCGGCUAAAAAGAAAAUCGAUGUUUUUAUUGUGGAAAAUCAA